CUGAGCUCACUAUUAAAGUGUUCAUUGCCACAUCUAAAACCGCUUUAUCUUGGACAACUGACGAAAGCUACAGUCUUAAUAUAUCUACCAUCGAUGUAAAAACUCCCAUCGCGGUGAUUGAGGCAUCAACGAUGUUCGGUGCACGACAUGCAAUCGAAACACUUUCACAGUUGAUAGUAGCAAUAUUGAAUGAAGAGAAUGAAGAUGACUAUAGUAGUUUAUAUAUGUUAACACAAGGUUUUAUUAUUGACGCUCCUAUAUACGCACAUAGGGGACUUAUGCUUGAUACAGCUAGAAAUUUUAUUCCAGUUACUGCCAUUAAAAGACAACUGAAUGGAAUGGCUGCGAGUAAAUUAAAUGUGCUGCAUUGGCACAUCACCGAUACACACAGUUUCCCACUGGUUUUGAAACGGGUGACAGAAGCAGCUUUGUUCGGAGCAUAUUCGUCUGAUGCAGUAUAUUCCCCACAAGACAUUAAAUCAGUUGUGAAUUAUGCCAGACAAAAUGGAAUCCGUAUAAUUUUUGAAUUUGAUGCACCGGCGCAUGCAGGAAAUGGCUGGCAAUGGGGUCCCCACAAGGGUCUGGGUGAUUUGGCUAUUUGCGUGAAUCAGCUACCGUGGCGAAAUUAUUGUAUUGAACCACCGUGUGGUCAAUUGAAUCCCGCAAAUCCAAAUUUGUUUCUUGUGUUGGAACAACUAUAUAUGGACAUUGCCGAAAUGGAUCCCCAACAGCCUGUUUUCCACAUGGGUGGAGAUGAAGUGUUCUACAAUUGUUGGAAUGAAUCGGAAGCCAUUGUGACAUAUCUGAAUGGCCGAGGCAAGGGUCGAACGGAAGCCGAUUUUCUUUUGCUUUGGUGUGAGUUUCAGGUAUGAUGAAUAUUCUUCGACAAAGCGCUCAAAUGAGGGUUAUACUGCUUCCUUGUAUUGUUUGACUUUUAUUAUUGCAGGAAAAAGCUCUACGCUUGUGGGACCACUCUAGAAAAAUUGUGGAGAAAAAUGUAAAAGGUAUAAACGAUUUCUUUGAACCUGCACCAGUUAUUUUGUGGUCUAGCCACUUAACCGACCCAUCAACAAUUAAUAACU